UCUCAACCUUGUCAACAACCAAAUGACCUUGUACGUAAAUCAUUCUCAAUUUAAGGUUAUGAUCCGCAAUUGUGAUUACCAACAUUAACAAGUAUCAAAAUAAACACACAGCGGUUAAAUUAAAAGAUUUUUUUAGCGAUUGUCGCCGGAAUUACGAUGGGUCGAAAAAGCUCAACAAAAGGCAAAGAAAAGCGUCUGAAACGCAAAGAAGAGCAGCAGAGAAUUUUACUAGCCAUGACUGUCGUUGAUAAAGCGAAUAAAUUAACAGACCCUUUAGAACCGUUUCCUGUGUUUAGGAAAUAUGACAAAAAUGGUUUAGAGGCAGAAUUGUAUAUGAAAAGGGCGACAGAUUUAGAAGAAUUGACAAAAUCGUGGAUUUUUAGCUUAACCAAGAGGAAUAUGCAAAUUAAGUAUGAACAAUGUUCAUGGGGUUGGAACGAUGCUAAAAAAAUGGAAGAGUUAUUUGAUGAGGCAGCUUGGUAUUUGGUAGCACAAAGCGCGGAUAAAACGUUAUUGGGUUUUUCUCAUUUUCGCUUUGAUAUUGAUGAAGGGCUUGAAGUACUUUACUGCUACGAGCUGCAAUUGGAACCAGCAGUACAGAGAAAGGGUUUAGGUAAAUUUAUGAUGCAAAUUCUCGAAUUAGUGGCAUUUAAAAAUAAUAUGAAGAAGGUUGUAUUGACCAUUCUGAAAAAUAAUCAUUAUUCAAAGUUCUUCAGAGCAUUGAAUUAUGUGGUUGAUGAAUCUUCUCCUGUAGAUCACCACGAAGAAACUCUUCCUUAUGAAAUUUUAAGCAAAGUUAAUAUUCGACUACAAACUCCCGUUACAAAUAACGCAGAUAAUAGGAAACUUAAUUCACACAAUGGACACUGCUGUUCAAGUCACCAUUUUCAUCACGUUUCUUCAUAAUAACUGAGAUACAAAUUAUUUGGGACAGAUUAAUGCUAUAACAAUAAAUUCGUUACUUUUAUAAA